UUUGCGCUGCAGAAUUUCCAAAGAGGAGUUUGAGGGAAUCGGAAGGUAUUCGACAUCAGAGCGGAUCGCUGAGAGAGGUUCAAAGACAAUGAUGGAGCUAAUGACUACUACCCCCUUCUAUCACAUCAAUGGAACAGAUGACAUUGGAAAAAAUGGCUCUGUUUAUGAUGAAAGUUCAGAGUAUGACUACGGGGAUGAGCAUGCUGAUUUGAGACAUUCGCUUAACACUAUGUCUGUCGUGGUUUACUCCCUGGCCUUUGUCCUUGGUGUGCUCGGGAAUGGAGUGGUUAUCUGGGUGACCGGGUUCAAGAUGAAGAAAACAGUUAACACAGUUUGGUUCCUCAACCUUGCUGUGGCUGACUUCCUCUUCACUGCGUUUCUGCCGCUGAGUGUGACUUACACAGCCAUGGAUUUCCACUGGCCUUUUGGCAAGUUCAUGUGUAAGUUGAACACCACGAUCAGCUUUCUGAACAUGUUUGCCAGUGUCUACAUCCUGGUUGUGAUCAGUGUGGACAGAUGUGUGUCUGUGGUGUGGCCAGUCUGGGCUCAGAACCACCGAAAUGUACGAAAGGCAUCCUAUGUGAGUCUGGGUGUUUGGGUUGUGGCUUUGAUUCUCAGCGCUCCAUACUUCAUCUUCAGGGACAUCGGGCCAUCGUACCGCAAUGAGGACAUCAUCAACUGCUUCAACAACUUUGCUCUUUCUGAUGACAGUGACACCUUUGAUCAGACUGAGCUGUUUCGUCAUCUGGCCAUGACCCUCACCCGCUUCCUCCUGGGAUUUGUAGUCCCAUUCACUGUCAUUGUUUCCUGUUAUGCUGUCAUCAUCCAUCGUCUCAGAAGAAACCGCACCUUGGCCAGCCAGUCAAGUCGGCCCUUUAAGAUCAUCGCUGCCAUUAUCAUCACUUUCUUUCUCUGCUGGGCUCCCUUUCAUAUUAUGGGUCUAAUUGAGAUGACGAAUCACAUGCCAGAAUAUUCAAGUGAAACACUGUAUGAUGUCAUCAUAAUUGGGGUACCAAUAGCCACCAGUCUAGCCUUUCUCAACAGCUGCCUGAAUCCACUGUUGUAUGUAUUCAUGGGGCAAGAUUUUAAGGACAAAGUCCGCAAAUCCAUCCUGAAUGUGCUGGAGACUGCCUUCCAGGAAGAGGUUUCUCGCUCAUAUACAUAUACAAACUCAAUGGUCACCACUCGGAGCAAAGAGAAGUCAUUUUCUGAUGUUGAGUUAUAAGGCUGUCAAAGAGAUGAAUCAACUGUAUAUAGCAAACACAACUGUAUAACAAAAUCACUUUAAGCAUUUUUAUUCAAAUGUUCUCUGACACAAAAGAAAGAGUUAAUCUGUUAUCUCUCUGUCAGGUCUAAAAGAGCUUUUUCUCUCUGAGCUACAGUUUGUUAUUGUGAUAUUGUACAAUAAGCUUGAAAUUCAUCUGUGGGUUAAAAAGCAUUUUGGGUGGCUAAAAUGUUUCUGUGGCAGUUAUUUAGUAUUUGUAGGAACACUCAAAAUCAGAUGCAUGUUACGUCUAAGGUGUUUACACGCCCAAACUGAGUAAUAUUUAUCCAUCUCUAGUACCUUGUGCUUCAUUAGUGUUGUCGUUGCUUUCUUAGACUUAGUUGGUAAAUAAUCUGCCAUUUUUUUGAGAAGAGAUACCAGUCAUAGUUUCAGAAUUGGUAAGUUGUUUGCAGGUGAAUUUAUGCAACAGAAGUAACAUCAACAUAUCAUCUGUAGAUAAAGGAAACACUCCAGAUGUUGCUUCUCCCUGCCUGUAUGAAACAGACGAGACAACUAAUCACAGGCACAGUAAUAGUUAAGAAUGGGCCAUAACUGCUGGUUUUACAGAUAACUGACGUAGGAAUAAAGACUCUGCUUCCUGCUAUACAAUACAGCACUCUGUAAAUUAACCUAUAAAAUUAGAGUUUAAAGAAAGUCUUGUACCAAGUUAACUCUGUAUUACAUGUUUGCUAUCAUAAUGAUUGUAAAUGACAAAAUUGGCUCACAAUAUUGCAAGCAACCCUUAGAUGCAUACAGUACCAGUCAAAAGUUGGAAAGUGGGCAAAGUGGACACACUCACCCAUCCCAGCUUUUGAAUGGUAUGUAAAUUAAAGUAAAAUGGGCUGUUACAGUAACCCAGUGAUUUCAUGACAGAAAUCAAUUCUAAUAUCUAUUUAUUUUAGUGAACUGAACAGUUUUCAUCAGUACUAUCUGCCACCAAAGUAAUUGAUUCAACUAUUUUUUUGCUACACGUCUACUGCAUGCUAUGAUAAUAUUAGGAGAACAGACCUAAUGAAUACAUAGUGACUAUGAACUAUAGCUUCAUUGUUAUAUUUCAACCCCCCACUAGAGGUGUGAUGGGAUGUGAUGUCUGUGGCCUCCACAAGUAUUGUUAUGAUUUUUCAGAUAUUCAGUAAUUCUGAUUAGAAUAAAAAAAAGACUCAUAAAUCUCAUUAUUUUUUUUAAUUUAAAUUUCAGUGAACUGAUCAGGGAAACUUCUGUAAGUUUGCCUCAAAAACUAAAGUAGAAGGAGCAGUUAGCCUUGUUUCCAGUUCAUGAUCAAUCAAUCAACAUUGUAUGAUUAUUUGGGAUAUGUGGUAUUUUAUCGUAUAACAUAAAUGUCUUUAUAAAAAUUUUGGUUCAAAUGUUCAAAAAAAAAGAUUUUGUUUCUUGUCCCCAGUGGACAAAUCUACUU